AUGUUUAGGAUGCUACAAACACCGCAGCUCCGUCAAGGCGUGAUUGCGCUUUUCAUGUGGUUCACUCACUUUAUGGAGGACCACAAAGUCCAGGGUGAGUAUGCUAUGAUUGAUUAUGUGACCAGUUGUCUUGUUGAGUGAGGAUGGCAUAACUUUUUAAGGUCAAGUUGUAGGCGACAUUGAAACAUCAGCCAAGCUAGAUCAGUAAAUUUAUCUUCCAAAUACCUCAUAAGAAAAUAUGGGUUAUUGUGUGGGGUGUGUGCUCAUAUUUGACUGGAAUGAUUGGGGAUUGUGUCUAAAUGGAGUUCAUCAAAACAUCCGAUCAAUCAUACAAUUAUGCAUGGGUAGGCAUAGUCUGAAAGAAAAUCUAUGACCAAUUUGUAAACGAUAUGUACAAGCUUUAUUGCAUAAUAUGGUCGGAGAUUAGUCAGUGUGACGUCCUAUACCUUUACAAGUGGGUCAUUCUCCUACAAGCUGAGCUGAUAGCCUGAGACAGAUGGACUGGUGGGUCCCAAGGAGGAGUGAAUACGCGCGGCUCCUCCGGUGCGUCCUCUGGUGAAAUCCCGAUGCGCUGGGAUUUAUUGGUCUUUACGCAAUCAGACACAUUUGUCAUAGCCUGUAUUGUAGAACUUUGCUCGAAACAAAAAAAGUAGAAAUGGAUAUACUAGGGUGCUAUAGGGGAAAAGUUGGUAUUGUUUAAGAUGUAGCAUGCUCAGAUAAGGCAAUACUAUUCCGUUAUACGCGUGCGCGAAGCUCAUUUGAGACUUUAAUUGGACAUCGACCGUCUCUCUCCAGCCGGUAACUGCUGGUUGCAGCAGGGAAAGAACGGCCGGUGCCAGGUGCUCUACAUGUCCGGGAUGACCCGGGAGGACUGCUGCCGGAGUGGCCGUCUGGGCACCGCAUGGACCGAGGAAGAUGUGCCCAACAGCACGCUAUUCCGAUGGAUGAUCUUCAAUGGAGGCGCGCCUAAUUGCAUACCAUGUAAAGGUGAGUGAUGAUCAAUAUCAUUACUUCAAGUGGUGCAACAUUAUUCUAAAACCUGGUGGAACUUCUUACAAAAAACUCCAACAUGUUAUCAUGUGUAUGGCAUGUAAUAUGUUAAUUAACUAGAAUUACUCUCCACAUAGUAUCCUGCUAUAAUGGGUUUUGAUAAAGGCAUUUGGCCUUAUAUCAUAUCCAAUAUGUAUGAUGACUUGAUUGGUUCCUCAAUGAAUCCAUCCACUGAUCCACCCACCCACCCAUCCAUCCAUCCAUCCAUCCAUCCAUCCAUCCAUCCAUCCAUCCAUCCAUCCAUCCAUCCAUCCAUCCAUCCAUCCAUCCAUCCAUGCAUCCAUCUAACCAUCCAUUCAUCCCAGAAACAUGCGACAGCGUUAACUGCGGUCCUGGGAAGAGAUGCAAGAUGAACAAGAGGAACAAGCCCAGGUGUGUGUGUGCUCCAGACUGCUCCAAAGUCACAAGAAGGGGGUCCGUCUGUGGGUCGGAUGGAAGAUCCUACAAGGAUGAGUGUACCAUGCUCAGGGCCCGCUGCAGGAACCAUCCCGACCUGGAGGUCCAGUACCACGGACGCUGCCGCAGUAAGUCCCCCUCAGGAUUAAGGUAGCAAAUUGAAUGAAACUUUCCCAAAAUACCCACGUUUUCCAGAUAUCCCGGUUGGAGGAUUCCAUCCCUGUUUAUUCUAUCCUGAUUCUGGGAAAUUUGGGAAUGUUUCAGAAAUGUUGCAACACGAACAGUUUAUUUAUACAGUAUGUGUAUAAGGGUCAGAUGAGGACAUGCUCUCACUUUCAGUGAGUACCAUUGCCAGACUUGGUUUUCAUUUCCAGUCUAUCACAUAAAUGUGAUAUUUCUGAAAUAAUUAUCUGACUUGUGAGACUGUUAGACUUAGGUUAAGAGAUUGUUUGCCCAUGUAUGCCACAAGGGGGCUAACGUACUGACUGUAUAUGGCCUGGAGGCAGUAGAUUACACUCUUAGAAAAAAAGGAUUCCAAAAGUGUUCUGUGUCUGUCCCCAUAUGAGAACCCUUUUUGGUUCCAGGUAGAACUAUUUUGGGUUCCAUGUAGAACCCUUUCCACAGCGGGUUCUACCUGGAACCAAAAGGGGUUCUUCAAAGGGUUCUCAUAUGGAGACAAGUGAAGAACCAUUUUUGGUUCUAGAUAGCACCUUUCUUUUUAGGAGUGUAGACAUUACAAUACCAUGGUCUGGAGGCAGUAGAAUAGGCAUUACAAUACCAUGGUCUGGAGGCUGUAGAAUAGCAUCACAAUACCAUGGUCUGGAGGCUGUAGAAUAGCAUCACAAUACCAUGGUCUGGAGGCUGUAGAAUGGGCAUUACAAUACCAUGGUCUGGAGGCUGUAGAAUAGCAUCACAAUACCAUGGUCUGGAGGCUGUAGAAUGGGCAUUACAAUACCAUGGUCUGGAGGCUGUAGAAUGGGCAUUACAAUACCAUGGUCUGGAGGCUGUAGAAUAGGCAUUACAAUACCAUGGUCUGGAGGCUGUAGAAUGGGCAUUACAAUACCAUGGUCUGGAGGCUGUAGAAUAGGCAUUACAAUACCAUGGUCUGGAGGCUGUAGAAUAGCAUCACAAUACCAUGGUCUGGAGGCUGUAGAAUAGGCAUUACAAUACCAUGGUCUGGAGGCUGUAGAAUAGCAUCACAAUACCAUGGUCUGGAGGCUGUAGAAUAGGCAUUACAAUACCAUGGUCUGGAGGCUGUAGAAUAGGCAUUACAAUACCAUGGCCUGGAGGCUGUAGAAUGGGCAUUACAGUAACAGACUCAGUGCCUACACUGGGCUAAGACUCACUCACUGGUAGACAGUACACGCACCUCAUGGUAGACUGCCCUAUCAACCUGAUUCAUAGCACAUGUUUUGGUACAUGGGCACAGAGACAGCUGGGUUUAGGCAGCUCUAGUUCUGCAGGCAGGGCCAGCUCUAGCCUUUUAGGGGCCUAAGUGAGAUUUGGUUGGGGGGCCCCACAUCUCACAGCAAAACAUUUUAGUGACCCCUCUCUUGACGGCGGAGAGAAACGUUUAAGUUUCAAAGUUCAUUUCCUGCAAUUGUACACAUUUUGCCAUUGGGCGGAGAGAUUCUUUUAGAAAUUUUAUAACAAAUUUAAUGCGACUUUACAAAUUUUGUCAUGGGGCAGAGAGAAUAAAUUUGCAGUUUUACAGAAAAUGUCCUGCAAUUCGACCCAUUUUGCCUUGGGGUGGAAAGACAUCUUAGCAGUUUUAAACGCCCAGAAGCACGGAAAUUCAAUUUUUUUCAGCUGAAAAACAAUGCCCAUGAUGAUGCACAAUGAUUUAAGUGAAGAAGUCAUUGUUUUAGUCAAAGUAUGAUAAACAGUGCCUAGCAAGAGUAUUCAUCCCCCUUGGCGUUUUUCCUAUUUUGUUGCAUUACAACCUGUAAUUUAAAUGGAUUUUUAUUUGGAUUUCAUGUAAUGGACAUACACAAAAUAGUCCAAAUUGGUGAAGUGAAAUGAAAAAAAAUAACUUGUUUCAGAAAAUUCUAAAAAAUAAAUAACGGAAAAGUGGUGCGUGCAUAUGUAUUCACCACCUUUGCUAUGAAGCCCCUAAAUAAGAUCUGGUGCAACCAAUUACCUUCAGAAGUCACAUAAUUAGUUAAAUAAAGUCCACCUGUGUGCAAUCUAAGUGUCACAUGAUCUGUCACAUGAUCUCAGUAUAUAUACACCUGUUCUGAAAGGCCCCAGAGUCUGCAACACCACUAAGCAAGGGGCACCACCAAGAAAGCGGCACCAUGAAGACCAAGGAGCUCUCCAAACAUGUCAGGGACAAAGUUGUGGAGAAGUAUGAAAAAUGUAUGCACUCACUAACUGUAAGUCGCUCUGGAUAAGAGUGUCUGCUAAAUGACUAAAAUGUAAAAAUGUAAGUACAGAUCAGGGUUGGGGUUAUAAAAAAAUAUCAGAAACUUUGAACAUCCCACGGAGCACCAUUAAAUCCAUUAUUAAAAAAUUGAAAGAAUAUGGCACCACAACAAACCUGCCAAGAGAGGGCCGCCCACCAAAACUCACGGACCAGGCAAGGAGGGCAUUAAUCAGAGAGGCAACAAAGAGACCAAAGAUAACCCUGAAGGAGCUGCAACCCUCCACAGCGGAGAUUGGAGUAUCUGUCCAUAGGACCACUUUAAGCCAUACACUCCACAGAGCUGGGCUUUACGGAAGAGUGGCCAGAAAAAAAGCCAUUGCUUAAAGAAAAAAAGAAGCAAACACGUUUGGUGUUCGCCAAAAGGCAUGUGGGAGACUCCCCAAAUAAAUGGAAGAAGGUACUCUGGUCAGAUAAGACUAAAAUUGAGCUUUUUGGCCAUCAAGGAAAAUGCUAUGUCUGGCGCAAACCCAAUACCUCUCAUCACCCCGAGAACACCAUCCCCACAGUGAAGCAUGGUGGUGGCAGCAUCAUGCUGUGGGGAUGUUUUUCAACGGCAGGGACUGGGAAACUGGUCAGAAUUGAAGGAAUGAUGGAUGGCGCUAAAUACAGGGAAAUUCUUGAGGUAAACCUGUUUCAGUCUUCCAGAGAUUUGAGACUGGGACGGAGGUUCACCUUCCAGCAGGACAAUGACCCUAAGCAUACUGCUAAAGCAACACUCGAGUGGUUUAAGGGGAAACAUUUAAAUGUCUUGGAAUGGCCUUGUCAAAGCCCAGACCUCAAUCCAAUUGAGAAUCUGUAGUAUGACUUAAAGAUUGCUGUACACCAGCGGAAUCCAUCCAACUUGAAGGAGCUGGAGCAGUUUUGCCUUGAAGAAUGGGCAAAAAUCACAGUGGCUAGAUGUGCCAAGCUUAUAGAGACAUACCCCAAGAGACUUGCAGCUGUAAUUGCUGCAAAAGGUGGCUCUACAAAGUAUUGACUUUGGGGGGGUGAAUAGUUAUGCACGCUCAAGUUUUCUGUUUUUUUGUCUUAUUUCUUGUUUGUUUCACAAGAAAAAAUAUUUUGCAUCUUCAAAGUGGUAGGCAUGUUGUGUAAAUCAAAUGAUACAACCCCCCCCAAAAUCCAUUUUAAUUCCAGGUUGUAAGGCAACAAAAUAGGGAAAAUGCCAAGGGGGGUGAAUACUUUCGCAAGCCAGUGUAGUAGUAACUUUGUAUGUUUUCAGUGCCAAUGCUGUGUGUUUCCCCUAUGAUAUGACAUGGUAAUACUUUUUGGUCUACUUUUCUUUUCAGGGCUGGGUUUUAUUUGAAUGUUAUCACCCACCAGCAUGGCUAAUCAGAAACACCUGCAAAGUUCUUCCUCUUCGCGAGUCGUGAAUGAGCUGAGAUAAUCUUUGGCUGAGCCAAACAGCUUUUCGCCAUCAGGCUACACUUGGCCGCCUGAUCCAUGGUGCAAAUUAAAACAGGGGUUAGGGGUUAGGGGUUAGGGGUUAGGGUUAGGGGUUAGGGUUAGGGGUUAGGGUUAGGGGUUAGGGUUAGGGGUUAGGGUUAGGGUUAGGGUUAGGGUAGGGUUAGCGGGUUAGGGUUUAGGGUUAGGGGUUAGGGGUUGGGGGUUAGGGGGUUAGGGGGUUAGGGGUUAGGGGUUAGGGUUAGGGGUUAGGGGUUAGGGGUUAGGGGUUAGGGGUUAGGGGUUAGGGGUUAGGGUUAGGAGGGUUAGGGCUAGGGGUUGAGGGGUUGGGGUUAGGGGUUAGGGUUGUUAGGGUAGGGUUAGGGGUUAGGGGUUAGGGGUUAGGGUUUAGGGGGUAGGGUUAGGGGUUUAGGGGUAGGGGUAGGGGUUGGGGCUUGGGGUUGGGUUAGGGGUUAGGGGUUAGGGUUAGGGUUAGGGGUUAGGGGUUGGUGGUUGGUUAGGGGUUAGGGGUUAGGGUUGGGUUAGGGGUUGGGUUAGGUUAGGGUUGGGGUUAGGUUAGGGGUUGGUGGUUGGGGUGGUAGGGGUUAGGGGUUAGGGUUAGGGGUUAGGGUUAGGGUUGGGUUAGGGGUUAGGGGUUAGGGGUUAGGGGUUAGGGUUAGGGUUGGGUUGGGUUGGGUUAGGGGUUAGGGUUAGGUUGGGUUAGGGUUAGGGUUAGGGGUUAGGGUUAGGGGUUAGGGGUUAGGGUGGGUUAGGGUGGUGGGUUGGGGUUAGGGGUGUUAGGGUUGGGUUAGGUUGGGUUAGGGUUAGGGGUUAGGGGUUAGGGUUAGGGGUUAGGGGUUAGGGUUGGGUUAGGGGUUAGGGGUUAGGGGUUAGGGGUUAGGGUUAGGGUUGGGUUAGGUGGGUUAGGGGUAGGGUUAGGGUUAGGGUGGGGUUGGGGUGGGUUGUUGGGGUUUAGGGUUAGGGGUUAGGUGUUAGGGUUAGGGGUUAGGGGUUAGGGGUUAGGGUUAGGGUUGGGGUUAGGGGUAGGGUUAGGGGUUAGGGGUUAGGGUUAGGGUUAGGGUUAGGGGUUAGGGGUUAGGGUUAGGGUUUAGGGUUAGGGUUAGGGUGUUGUUAGGGUUAGGGGUUAGGGGUUCGGGUUAGGGUUAGGGGUUAGGGUUGGGGUUAGGGUUAGGGGUUAGGGUUAGGGGUUAGGUUGGGGUUGGGGUGGUUAGGGGUUAGGGUUAGGGUUAGGGGUUAGGGGUAGGGGUUAGGGGGGUUUAGGGUUAGGGUUAGGGUUAGGGGUUAGGGUUAGGGUUAGGGGGUUAGGGGUUAGGGUUAGGGUUAGGGGUUAGGGGUUAGGGGUUAGGGUUAGGGUUAGGGGUUAGGGUUAGGGUUAGGGUUAGGGUUAGGGUUAGGGUUAGGCACACUCAUGUUUUUGCACCUCCACUUUUUUACCAGCAAAUUAUCAUAAUCAAUUGGAUAAUUUGUCAAGUUUUACUUAUUUUUGAGCUAUUCUGUAUUUAAAAUAUAUAUAUGACCAUUUUAUAAAUGGUAAAAUUGUGUGUGAUAUGAUUGCAUUUUGGAACCCCCCUCCCAAGAUGAAUGGUUUUAACCAUGUUCCACUGAUUUGAUUGGUGCAGCUAGAAAUCACAAGUGUCUAUCCUAUAAUGAAAAGGCACCCACGAAAGAAAAUUCCACAUUCUUGUUUAUCUACAUUGAACAAAAAUAUAAACGCAACAUGUAAAGUCUUGGUCCAAUGUUUCAUGAGCUGAAAUAAAAUAUCCCAGAAAUGUUCCAUUCGCACGAAAAGCUUAUUUCCCAAAAAGAAAAUUCCACCAAUUUGUUUAUAUCUCUGUUAGUGAGCAUUUCUCAUUUGCCAAAAGAAUCCAUCCACCUGACAGGUGUGGCAUAUCAAGAAGCUGAAUAAACAGCAUGAUCAUUACACAGGUGCACCUUGUGCUGGAGACAAUAAAAGGCUGCUCUAAAAUGUGCAGUUUUGUCACACAACACAAUGCCACAGAUGUCUCAAGUUUUGAGGGAGCGUGCAAUUGGCAUGCUGACUGCAGGAAUGUCCACCAAGCGGUUGCCAGAGAAUUGAAUGUUCAUUUCUCUACCAUAAGCCCAACGUCGUUUUAGAGAAUUUGGCAGGACGUUCAACCGGCCUCACAACAGCAGACCACUGGUAACCACGCCAGCCCAGGACCUCCACAUCUGGCUUCUUCACCUGUGGGAUCGUCUGAGACCAGCCACCCGGACAGCUGAUUAAACUGUGGGUUUGCACAACCAAAGAAAUUCUGCACAAACUGUCAGAAACCGUCUCAGGGAAGCUCAUCUGCAUGGCCAUCGUCCUCACCAGGGUCUUGGCCUGACUGCAGUUCGGCGUCGUAACCCAUUUCAGUGGGCAAAUGCUCACCUUUGAUGGCCUCUGGCACACUGGAGAAGUGUGCUCUUCACGGAUUAAUCUCAGUUUCAACUGUACCGGGCAGAUGGCAGACAGCGUGUAUGGCGUUGUGUGGGCAAGCAGUUUGCUAAUGUCAACAUUGUGAACAGAGCGCCCCAUGGUGGCGGUGGGGUUAUGGUAUGGGCAGACAUAAGCUACGGACAAUGAACACAAUUGCAUGUUAUCGAUGGCAAUUUGAAUGCACAGAGAUACCGUGACGAGAUCCUGAGGCCCAUUGUCGUGCCAUUCAUCCGCCACCAUGACCUCAUGUUUCAGCAUGAUAAUGCACGGCUCCAUGUCACAGGGAUCUGUACACAAUUCCUGUAAGAUGGAAAUGUCCCAGUUCUUCCAUUGUCUGCCUACUCACCAGACAUGUCACCCAUUGAGCAUGUUUGGGAUGCACUGGAUCGACGUGUACGACAGCAUGCUCCAGUUCCCGCUAAUGUCCAGCAACUUCGCACAGCCAUUGAAGAGUGGGACCACAUUCCACAGGCCACAAUCAACAGCCUGAUCAACUCUAUGUGAAGGAGAUGUGUUUCACUGUAUGAGGCAAAUGGUAAAAUUAGCUAGCUAGAUAAGGUUAGCAUGCUUGCUAGCUACACUGACGGAGGUCUGCCCUGAUUGUUAAUAUUUCUUCACUCCACAUUGAAAUCACCACAACGUUCCCACCCCCAAUUCGUGAAUAUUUAUUAUUAGCCUGCGUCAUUCUUCGGAGGUGGAACCUAAACGAGAACCAACAUUUUCGCUAUGGACAGGAAUUACGUUGAAAUAGGGGCGCAUUGCCAUCUGGUGGGAUGGGGGCCUUUAAAGCUAAAUUCCUUUACACAUUUUGCCAUGACUUAUGCCAUGUUAAUAUGAUAUCUGAGUGAGAAUGACUAACAAAAUCAAUGGGGGCCCCCUGGAAGUCAGGGCCCCUGUGCCUGGUCGGUAUUUGGCCACGAUUGCUACAAGUUUAGAUAGCUGGCUAGAUAACUACCAAUCUAAAAAUUGACAUGGCUAAUUGUCAGCUAAUUGAAUGACUGACAUAACAAGAGAAGAACUCCUGAUGCACAACCAAAUUUUGAAAUUGCACCUGGUGUAUUUUACUAUUCUUACUAUCAAUAGUAUGUUGAGACCACGAGUGAGUUCCCCCAAACAUUUUUUUAAUAAAAUGGGGUUGGGGGCCCCCUAGCUACCAGGGGCCCUAAGCGACCUCUUACGUUGCUUAUGCCUGGGACCGGCCCUGUCUGCAGGUCCAAAAAAGACCGGAAGUGUGAGGUGGAGUCUGCCAUCUGAUAUCACAGAUAGGCUAAGUCAAACUUAGGCAGUAAGGAAAGCACAUAGAUUACUGCAAUAGACUAGCAGCAAGGAAAAAUAAACAUCACAGGUGAGUGAAUAUUCACCUGGUGUAACCUGAAAAGUUUAAAUUGUGUGUAAUUGAAUGUUUCACAUGACAUGAAUAGUGUCACACGUGAGUCAUGCCUCUAAAUGUGUGUGUGUGUCUUUCCAUCCACAGAGACGUGCCAUGGAGUUCGCUGCCCUGGCUCUGCGUCGUGUGUCGUGGACCAGACCAACAAUGCCUACUGUGUGACGUGUAAUCACCAGUGUCCAGAGGUGAAGUCACCUGACCAGUACCUGUGUGGCAACGACGGCGUUGUUUAUGCCAGCGCCUGUCAUCUGAGGAGAGCCACGUGCAUGCUGGGAAGGUCCAUCGGCGUGGCAUACGAAGGGAAAUGCAUUGGUAAGUACUGGAGCAUCAAUAUGGAGUGCAUUUUGUAAAGUUGAUACAUCACACUUAGCUCAAUGAAGAUUUCAGGGUUUUGAUGCACCAAGCUUUCGGUCACAAAGACUUUUGUCAGAACAUACUAGAGUAGUAGGCCUACUAAGCAUAAAAAACAUGUCUGUUCUGUCUAUUCUCGUUCACACAGACAGGACACUAGGUCUAUAGCCAUCACCAGAAUCAUGCUGUCUGUGUGUAUCAGAAAUGGAUCAGCGCUGGCCUAGGCCUGUGAGGGAGUGUGAUAAUAUUGUCUGAUGGUCUCUUUGUGUCUCCUCUCUAGACGCCCGGUCGUGUGGGGACAUCGUGUGUCGGGGAGCGAAGAGGUGUCUAUGGGAUGAGGGGAGUGGCCGCGGACGCUGCUCCGUGUGUGACGAGGCGUGUCCGGAGAGUCGCCCGGGCGAAAGUGUGUGCUCCAGCGACAACAACACCUACCCCAGCGAGUGUUCCAUGAGGCAGGCCGCCUGCGCUCAGCAGCGCCUCCUGGAUGUCAAACACUCAGGAUCCUGCAAUUGUAAGUAUAUGGUGGAGUCUGAAAUGGAACCCUAUACCCUCCAUUGUGCACCACAGCGACGCACCCACUGA